AUGUUUGUUUGGGGGCUGAGCUGCCUGUCGCUGCUGGGAGUGGCGGGCACCGCUCUCCUGUGCACUGGCCUGCUGCUCAGCCUGGCCCAGCACCUCUGGACCCUCCGCUGGACACUGAGUCGGGACUCUGCCUCUGCUCUGCCCCUACCCAAGGGCUCCAUGGGCUGGCCCUUCUUCGGCGAAACGCUGCAUUGGUUGGUUCAGGGCUCGAGCUUCCACAGUUCCCGCCGGGAGCGCUAUGGCACAGUGUUCAAGACUCACCUGCUGGGCAGGCCAGUGAUUCGAGUGAGCGGCGCGGAGAACGUGCGCAUCAUCCUGCUGGGCGAGCACCGCUUGGUGCGCAGUCAGUGGCCUCAGAGUGCACACAUCCUGCUAGGCUCGCACACCCUGCUGGGGGCGGUUGGUGAGCCACACCGCCAGCGGCGCAAGGUUCUCGCGCGUGUAUUCAGCCGCUCAGCGCUGGAGCGCUACGUACCACAACUGCAGGGGGCGCUGCGGAGUGAGGUACGCUCCUGGUGCGCUGCUAGAGGACCGGUAGCUGUAUACCAGGCUACCAAGGCGCUCACCUUCCGCAUGGCCGCUCGCAUCCUACUGGGUCUGCGGCUGGAUGAGGCACGUUGUACUGAACUGGCCCGGACCUUCGAGCAGCUGGUGGAGAAUCUCUUCUCACUGCCCUUGGACGUACCCUUCAGUGGCUUGCGCAAGGGCAUCCGGGCCAGGGACCAGUUGCACCAGCACCUGGAGGAGGCCAUUGCUGAGAAGCUUCAUGAGGACGAGGCAGCAGAGCCAGGUGACCCCCUCCACCUGAUCAUUCACAGCGCUAGGGAGCUGGGCCAGGAACUCUCAGUGCAGGAGCUGAAGGAGUCAGCUGUGGAGCUCCUCUUCGCCUCCUUCUUCACUACGGCCAGUGCCAGCACGUCCCUAGUGCUGCUGCUACUACAGCACCCGGCAGCCAUUGCCAAGAUCCAGCAGGAGCUGGCGACACAGGGGCUGGGGAGCGCUUGCCGUUGCGCGCCGGGGACCGCAAGGCCCCUGCCGGAAUGCGGCUGCGAGCCUGACCUUACGCUGGCGGUGCUGGGCCGUCUGCGCUACGUGGAAUGCGUAGUGAAGGAGGUGCUGCGCCUCCUGCCGCCGGUGUCUGGGGGCUACCGCACAGCGCUGCGAACUUUCGAACUUGACGGCUACCAGAUCCCCAAAGGCUGGAGCGUGAUGUAUAGCAUCCGGGACACGCACGAGACGGCCACGGUAUACAGUAGCCCUCCUGAAGGCUUUGACCCGGAGCGCUUUGGCUCGGCGCGGGAAGAUGAGCCGGGCACCUCCGCGCGCUUCCAUUACAUCCCGUUCGGCGGCGGUGCGCGCCGCUGCCUCGGCCAGGAACUGGCGCAGGCGGUACUGCAGUUGCUAGCUGUGGAGCUGGUGCGCACCGCGCGCUGGGAGCUGGCCACGCCCGCCUUCCCCGCCAUGCAAACGGUGCCCAUCGUCCACCCAGUGGACGGCUUGCAGCUCUUUUUUCACCCACUUGCACCUUCAGUUACGGGUAAUGGGGUACACCUCUGACCAGCGGCGCUUCAAGACUUGCCCAGUGCCUCAGUGCCGUCGUGCGCACAUUCACCGGGUCACUUUUUCAAUAAACGUUAAUCGAAUGCUGCUCGC